CCUCCUCCUCCCAGGCCCCAGCGCGUACCAGUCUGGAGCUCCCGAGGCUGCCUCUCGUGCGAUCAAGGGCGCGCACCGCUGGGAGAGCGACUCGGGGCCCCUGCUCUCCGCGCCGCAGUUCGGAAGAGAGUGGGUCGCCGCCGCCCGAGGGCGAGAGCGCGAGCGGAGCGGGAGGAAGGAGCGCUCGCUCGCUCGCCCGCCCGCCGCCUCGCUGUCUCCCCGGCGCUCGCUCUGCCGGCUCCUAGGUUUGCCGGCUGCUCCUCCCACCCGCGCCCGCCUCCUCGCUCGCUCGCUCGCUCCAGCCGGUUUCCGAGCCCCGCGGUGAGCCCGGGCGAGUGCGGGGCGAGGGACCCCGGGGCUAGCGCCGAGCAGGGGGCGGGGGUCCGGGCAGAGCGCAGCCGGUCGGGGAGGGGCCAUGUCCGGCGCGGGCGCAGCGGGACCCGUCUGCAGCAAGUGACCGAGCGGCGUGGACGGCCGCCUGCCCCCCUCCGCCACCUGGGGCGGCGCGGGCCCCGGUGCCGCGUGCCCGGAGCCCGGGUCGCGCGUAGAGCCGGCGCGAUGCACGUGCGCUCGCUGCGCGCCGCGGCGCCCCACAGCUUCGUGGCGCUCUGGGCGCCCCUGUUCCUGCUGCGCUCCGCCCUGGCCGACUUCAGCCUGGACAACGAGGUGCACUCGAGCUUCAUCCACCGGCGCCUCCGCAGCCAGGAGCGGCGGGAGAUGCAGCGCGAGAUCCUCUCUAUCUUGGGCUUGCCCCAUCGCCCGCGCCCCCACCUCCAGGGCAAGCACAACUCGGCGCCCAUGUUCAUGCUGGACCUGUACAACGCCAUGGCGGUGGAGGAGGGCGGCGGGCCCGACGGCCAGGGCUUCUCCUACCCCUACAAGGCCGUCUUCAGUACCCAGGGCCCCCCUCUGGCCAGCCUGCAAGAUAGCCGCUUCCUCACCGACGCCGACAUGGUCAUGAGCUUCGUCAACCUCGUGGAGCACGACAAAGAGUUCUUCCACCCACGUUACCACCACCGGGAGUUCCGGUUUGAUCUUUCCAAGAUCCCAGAAGGGGAAGCCGUGACCGCAGCCGAAUUCCGCAUCUACAAGGACUACAUCCGGGAACGCUUCGAUAAUGAGACGUUCCGGAUCAGCGUUUACCAGGUGCUUCAGGAGCACUUGGGCAGGGAGUCAGACCUGUUCCUGCUGGACAGCCGCACGCUCUGGGCCUCGGAGGAGGGCUGGCUGGUGUUCGACAUCACGGCCACCAGCAACCACUGGGUGGUCAACCCGCGGCACAAUCUGGGCCUGCAGCUCUGCGUGGAGACCUUGGACGGGCAGAGCAUCAACCCCAAGUUGGCGGGCCUGAUCGGGAGGCACGGGCCCCAGAACAAGCAGCCCUUCAUGGUGGCCUUCUUCAAGGCCACGGAGGUCCACCUUCGCAGCACCCGCUCCACAGGGGGCAAGCAACGCAGCCAGAACCGCUCCAAGACGCCCAAGAACCAGGAAGCCCUGCGGGUGACCAACGUCGCAGAAAACAGCAGCAGUGACCAGAGGCAGGCCUGUAAGAAGCACGAGCUGUACGUCAGCUUCCGAGACCUGGGCUGGCAGGACUGGAUCAUCGCUCCCGAAGGCUAUGCUGCUUACUACUGCGAGGGGGAGUGUGCCUUCCCUCUGAACUCCUACAUGAACGCCACCAACCACGCCAUCGUGCAGACGCUGGUCCACUUCAUCAACCCGGAGACGGUGCCCAAGCCGUGCUGUGCCCCCACGCAGCUCAACGCCAUCUCUGUGCUCUACUUCGACGACAGCUCCAACGUCAUCCUGAAGAAAUACAGAAACAUGGUCGUCCGGGCCUGUGGCUGCCACUAGUCCCUCCCCGGAGCUCAGAUCCUCGGGGGCCACGUUCUUUCAGGAUCCUCGGUCUCCCGCCACCCCCUGCCUUGGCAAGGCACCAGCAGACCCGCUGCCCCUCGAGAGGCCUGUCCCGCCCCCGUCCCCAACCUUAACGGUGUGGGAGCAUCAAGGAAUUUGAGAGGUGAAUGCCUUUUGAUCAGGUUUUCACCGGCCUCCUAUGGACAACAUCCUACAAGCUGCUGCAGGCAAAGCCUGAAGGAAGACAAUAUAUAUAUAAAGAAAAAUGGCCCGGCCGCGAUCAUUGGCUGUGAAGUCUCUGCCGUGCACUGACUCGUUCCCAGGGGUAAUUAGGAGCGCCCUUCAGCCGGGCCCCCCAGCAGCGGGAGGAAGGGGGCGCGGCGAGGCAUGGGCGCGUUGUGUCUGUGCGCAAGGAGAGUUAACACAGAAGUUCCUGUAAUAAAUGUCACAAUAAAACGAAUGAACGAAAA